UUAUUCAUUCAUAAUGUUACGUACAUGAAUGUAAAUGGAAAGCGUCCUGUUCCUGAUAAUCAUUAACUUCCUUAUCAGUGGUUUUUGCAGCAUGAUCUAGCUGUUACCUUUAACCAUGCUUAGCUUGGCUAGGUUUGAGGACUGAUAAUAGGACUUGAGUGUGGAUAAAGGACUUCUAGACACCACGAAGUAGACUGCUGGACUUCCGCUGUUUGAAUAGCGAUUACAAAACAUACAAUGAGGGUGCUGUAUGGCUGCAGUGCUUUGCUGCUGCUCGUCAUCCUCGCUCCCAGGGUCUGUGAAGCAGGCAAAAUCCUGGUCUUUCCUAGUGAAGGGAGCCACUGGGUAAACAUGGAUAUUAUCCUUCAAGCUCUGCACUCACAAGGACACAACAUCACUAUUGUUCGCUCCAGUAAAAGUUGGUACGUCAAGGAAAACUCCUCCUGUUACCAUAUAUAUACUGUCCAAGUGGAGAGGAGUUCGUAUCAGAAGUUGGCAAACCUCAUGACUGAGUUCCUUAAAUUUGAAAGGGGGGCUCUUUCAUUGGGAUUUCUGCAAAUGGCUGUAGGAAUGAUAGGUUCGUUUGUUGACGUUCACAAAAUAAUAGGUGAAUAUGCAUUAGCAAUCCUGGAGGAUCAAGAGUUAAUUAGAAUAUUGAAGGACACCAAGUUUGACCUUGUUCUUACUGACCCCUGUUGGGGCACUGGAAUCAUUUUGGCCAAAUAUUUGAAUCUUCCUUUGGUCUUCAAUGUUCGCUGGUUAACACCUAUUGAGGGUCACCUCGCAAUUGCUCCUUCACCUUUAUCAUAUAUUCCUAUAACAAGAUCUGGCUACACUGAUAAAAUGACAUUUUUUCAGAGAGUUAAAAACAUAUUUUUUCAUCUCAUGUCCCAAACACAACGUUACCUAGUGACUAAGCUAGCAUAUCAGCCAAUAUGUGACAAAUAUCUUGGGCCUGGUAAUGAUUUUAAUGACAUGGUGCUUGAUGCAGAUAUUUGGCUGAUGCGAGCAGACUUUGUGUUUGAGUAUCCACGUCCCACCAUGCCCAAUGUUGUGUACAUCGGCGGCUUCCAGUGUAAGCCUCCCAAACCUCUGCCUCAGCCGUUUGACGACUUUGUGCAGAGUUCUGGGGAACAUGGAGUCAUAAUUAUGUCUCUGGGAACUUUUGUAAGUGAACUUCCUGCUGACAUAACAAAGAAGAUCUCUGCUGUUUUUGCUGAACUACCUCAGAAGGUCAUCUGGAAACACAAAGGUGCCAAACCAGACAACCUGGGCAACAACACUUUAGUAGUGGACUGGAUGCCACAGAAUGACCUGCUUGGACAUCCAAAGGUUAAACUGUUUGUGGCUCACGGAGGAACAAAUGGAGUGCAAGAAGCUAUUUACCAUGGAGUACCAGUGGUAGGCCUUCCUCUGUUCUUUGACCAGUACGACAACCUGCUGCGACUGAAAGAGAGAGGUGGGGCUAAGCUGCUGACCAUUCAAACAGUGGACAAAGAUAACAACUUCCUGGAGGCCAUACAGGAAGUCUUGAAUGAGCCCUCCUACACUCUGAGCAUGCAGAGACUCUCCAGGCUGCACAGAGACCAGCCCAUGGAGCCGCUGGACAACGCUGUCUUCUGGAUAGAACAUGUUAUGAGACAUAAAGGUGCCAAUCACCUAAAAGCAGAGUCUUACAGGCUGCCCUGGUAUGUCUACCACUCUGUGGAUGUAAUUGUGUUUGUGGCUGGGGCCGUCCUGCUCUUCUUGUUAACUGUUUUCUUCUCAAUUAGGUGUUUAUACACUGUGAUGUGUAAGCGUAAAGUGAAACGUAAUUAAGGCUAAA